AUGCUCACAGAAAGCUUCAUAGCAUCGACGCUUAAUCCUGAGAAGCCAAGCAACAGCGUCAUUCCUGGCGUACACCUCUAUGAUUUCCAGCCUCUACCAGCUCUGAAGUCCACCUUCAAGAAAAGCUCAACCAACACCAAUUCUCUAGCAGUCAGCCCAUCUCAUGUCUUUGCCGCACAAGAAGAUAAAGCAGUUAUUCAUGUCUACAGCAGGGAGCGAAAUAAUCAAGAGGCAGUAGUACCCUUUCCAGAGAAGAUUCAAAGCGUUGUUCUUGCCGCAGAAUCAGAGGGAGCCGGAACGCUCAUCCUGGGUACUGAGGGUGGAAGGGUGGUACUAUGGGAGCUGGGAACUGGCAGACAAGUAUCUACACCACAACAUCACCUCCAAUCAACAACAUGCCUUGCGGUCGAUCCAACCUCCAAUUUCUUUCUGUCGGGCUCUACAGAUUCAAACAUACAUGUCUGGUCUAUCCCAGGUCUGCUCUCAUUCUCAGCCUCAUCAGCUAAUGACAACGGCCAUGAUCUGCCGUUCUCUCCUUUCAGAUCACUUUCGAACCACCGCGCUGCAAUAACUGCCAUUGUAUUCGGCCACAGCUCUGGUAACAAAAACAUUGCCGUGUCAGCUUCGAAGGACAAAACAUGCAUAGUCUGGAACUAUCUAAAUGGAGAUGCUCUGCAUACCUUCCUGCUUCCCUCAAGUCCACUCUGUUUGGCUUUAGACCCUGCAGAUCGUGCAGUUUACGCCGGUUAUGAAGAUGGCAGUGUACAGCUCAUAGACUUCUACAGUCAGGAUGGACUAACACAGCCAUUACAUAACCCUGCUCUGCAGUCUACACCAACCCAGCCCCGACCGUCGGGCAGGUGGUCAGCUCCGCACCAUUCAGCAUCCCCACUUCUCUGCCUUCAGGUCAGCUAUGAUGGCACAAGUCUACUUUCCGGUCAUCAAGACGGCAAGAUUCAUAAUUGGGACGUAGCCGCAGGCAAGUACGACAAAAGAGUGGCUGACUUCGCUGCCCCCGUUACGAAUAUAAUUAUGCUAAAGCCGAUUGGCUUUCCCGACGUAGCCAAGCCAGCUGUGAAACUUCAUAAUGUUGUCAAGCCGCGAUAUGAAAGUUUUGUCAAUGGCGAUCACGGCGUUUCUGACGCUAUUAUACCCACCAAGUACACCUUUAUAGCUCAAUUCACAUCGACUCUUCCUCUCCCAUUCUCCGCCGAAACCACAUCUUUUCAUCAAGAAUUGCAUCAUUCAUCUUUCCCAACUGCUCUUCUCGAAGAAUCUCUCGCUGAAUUGUCUUCUCCCCAGAAGUCUUUCGGCGCUGCUACUGAUUCAUCGGAGCUUACCAACCUCCGUGUCCAAAAUUCUGCACUCGCCUCUCGGCUUGAGGUCGCUGAGGAGCGUUAUCGUAGCGCAGCAGCAAUCGUGCUUGAGCAAGAGAAAGAGGAUUGGCGGCGACAGAAGGAUGAGGAAAUCAAGGCGGCGAGAAAGAAACGGAGAAGGCUGAGAAGCAUGAGGGAUGCGGAAGUAGCGAGGAGAAAGGAAAUGGGAGAGGCCGUCGAGGAUGAAGACGAAGAUAUUAAUGAACGCGGGAAGGACGAAGACGAGGACUUGAGUAGUAGCACCGAUGAGAUGACAGAAAGCGAUUAG